AUGUUGGAGGGUCAGGCCUACCAGUGGCUAGGCCUGUCAGCGUCCACACGUGCCACAUACGCGACAGCCUGGAAACGACUGCACCAAUUCUGCCAACUAGUCGGCACCAAGGUGAUUACAGACACCAUCAUGCUGGCGUUUGUAGCCUACCUGGCGCGUCAAAAUGCCGCGUCAACCGUCCGCUUGUAUGUGUCGGCGAUCCGGGCAAUUGCCAAAGAAAACGGCAAAGAUCUCUCGUCGCGAAGAGUGGACCUCGCAGUUCAAGGAGUGGCACGUGCACAGGCCAACCGAACUAAAAACGCCAGUAAGCCAAUCCUCCUGCCCCACAUGGCAGCUAUGCGCAAUGCCCUGAUACGGUCUAACCUCAACGCGACCGACCGAGCCAUGGUAUGGGCAGCUAUUUGCCUGGGCUUCUUUGCGUGUCUCUGGGCAAGUGAAUACACUUCCACAACCGCCACAACCAUGUCAGACGGUGGCCUCCGAACAGAAGACCUCUCCAUCACGCCGCAGGCCAUACAGGUCACAAUCAAGAAGUCCAAGACCGACCAACUCGGCAAGGGUCACUCCGUCCGGCUCACAACCACCAACUCAACGGUUUGCCCGGUCAGAGCCAUGCAUACCUAUCUCUCCAGACGCCCCAACCUGCCCAAUAGACCACUGUUCAUUGACAGCUGUGGCAAGUUCCUAACUGCAUAA